CGAUGGCUUUCGUAGGGUGGGUCAUUUUGUUCAGCUGGAAACUACAGCUGCGUUCGUUCGUGUGCCUGUCGCCCUUCCCCCCUCGUCCCUCACGAUGAGCAACUGGGAUGUGCCCCCUCCUCAGUAUGCCGGCGGCUUCAGCGAAGCCCACUACCAGCAACAGCAGCAGUACCACCAACAGCAGCAGCAGUACUACCAGAUGCAGCAGCAACAGGGCUUCAGCGAUGCCCACUACGCCAACGCACCGGCACAGGACCCGCACCAGAUGCACCAGCUCAUGCACACCAAGAGGGGUAAGCCAGAGCACCCCUGACGGACAGACAGGCACACGUGUGUGUGUGUGGUCAGUUCCUGUGACGAUUCUGACGGGCUAUCUUGGCUCGGGCAAGACCACACUCCUCAAUCGGUACACACACAGGCGGCUGAGGGUCGGACUCUGAGUGAGACACUCCGUCUCUGUGUGUGACGUGUGUUGUCUUGUCAGCAUUUUGACUGAGCAUCACCACAAGAAAUACGUUGUCGUCGAGAACGAGUUUGGAGAGAUCGGUGGGUAUCCGACAGAGACAGACAGACAGACAGAGACCGACAGGAAGGCUUGCUCACCUUACCCCCUCCCUCCCUCCCCUGCCUGUGUGUGUUGUGUGUCUGGCCUGGCUGUCUCUGUGUGUGUGGCGUCCAUCCCAUCCAUCCGUCAGGCAUAGACAACUCCCUGGUCAAGGAGAAGCUCAGCGCCGAUGACGUCAUCGAGCUCAACAACGGCGUGCUGUGCUGCGGCAUCGACCAGGACAUGCUUGGCGUCCUGCCAGAAAUCAUCAGACAGCGACAGGUCCGCCCCCCCGCAGUCACCAACACAACACACCCCUCCCCUCAACCGCCUCUCCAUCGCAUCAACUCAACUCAACUGUCUCUCUCCCCCUCUCUCUGUGGGUGGCUCUGUGCUGUGCUGUGCUGUCAUGCAUUCUGAUGCGCAGGGCAACUUGGACGGCAUCAUCAUCGAGAUGUCAGGUCUGGCCAACCCUGCCCCGGUGUGCCAGAUGUUCAUGCGCGACAGGAUGAUGACGGAGGUCGCCAGGCUCGACGGCGUCGUCACCAUCGUCGACGCCAAACACAUCUGCCAGCAACUCGACCGUACGCCACGGCACGGCAACACACAUAGAUAGCUAUGACACACACAGAGAGGGGAUGGAGGGAGGCCAAAGGUAGUGGGGUGUGGAUGGACGCCUCCCCCUCCAUCCAACCGUCCGUGUGUGUGUGUGUGUGUGUGCGUGUCUGCAGGUCUCGUGCAAGAGGAGGAGCUUCCGCCUGGCGAGGUUCCGGCCGACUACGAAUACGAGAACGAGGCCACAGAACAGGUGGGUGCCUAUGGGGUGGGUGUAGCUCUCUGUCCAUUGCAUGUCCCUCCCUCGCUCCCUCCCUCCCUCUCCCUCUCACUCUGUGUGUGUGUGUGUGUGUGUGUGCAGAUUGCGUAUGCCGACCGCAUCGUGAUCAACAAGAUCGAUUUGGUGACCGAGGACGAGCUGGCCUCCAUCAAGAAGCGCAUCGGCUCCAUCAACGGCUCGGUGGAGCUGCUGACCUGCAAACACGGCCAGGUGGACCUCAGCAAGGUCUUCGGCAUCGACGCGCAGUCACUCAAGACCAUCGAAGACGAGCAUGAGGACCACCACAAGGACCACCACCACAAGGACAAGGACCACUGCCAUGAGCACCAUGACGACGAGCACGGCCACGGCGACGAGCAUGACCACCAUGACCAUGAGGAGGGGGAGAAAAAGGGCCACGGCCACGGCCACGGCCACGGGCACGGGCACGGCCUCGGCCACCACCACGACCACGUGCACAACCAGCAUGUGAACAGUGUGGGGUUCGAGUACGAGGGCCCCCUGGACAGCGAGCGCUUCUACGAGUGGGUGCAGGCACUCAUCGAGCUGGAGGCAGCCGACCUCUACCGAUACAAAGUGCGUGAGUGGCCCUCCCCGCCAUACCCGAAACACACACCUACACCCAUGAAAAUUGUGGCUGGAUGCUCUGUCUGUCUCUUUGUGUGUGUGUGUGUGUGUAGGGUGUGUUGUGGAUAGCCAACGAGGAGCAGAAGUUCGUCUACCACGGCGUGCACUCCAUCUUCGACGGCAACUUCGGAUCAGAGUGGAAACCCGGCGACAAACGCGUCUCACAGGUACCCCUCCCCUCCCCUCCCCGCCCCCCAUCCACACACACACAUAAGGUACCCAUCUCCUCUCCCUCUGCCUCCCUUCCUCUCUCGUGUCGUGUCAGGUGGUGUUUAUCGGUCGUGACCUGGACCGCGACGAGCUGUACGAGUGCUUCCAGUGGUGCUGGGCCACGCCCGAGAACGCCCAGGCGGAGCCGCCCGCCUUCAUCAAGCACAUGUACUCCCAAGAGAUGGAGGCGGAGCGUGCCGCCGCCGCGCACCAGCAGGCCAUGCAGGAGGCUCAGCAGCAGGCCCUCAUGCUGCAGCAGCAGCAAGCCAUGCUCAUGAUGCAGCAGCAGCAACAGGCCGCCAUGAUCAUGGCACAGCAGCAGCAGGCAGCCCAGCAGCAGCAGCUGCAGCAGCAGAAGGGGUCUCCGUCGGCGCCGCCCCCCUACACACCUGAGCAAUAUGGCUACCUCCAGCCGCAGCAGCAGCCGUCAGGCCAGCACGACUACCCAUCGCAAGCACAGGGGCAGUGAGAAUGAGCCUAGCCUCUGGCACAAACAAA